AAGGCGGUUUGCUUUUCAUUUAACAGUCGAUAACACGUCCUUAUCGCAAGAGGAAGAUAACUUUAUAAUAGCGUGCUUCAACACAAAUAUUUCACAGUAGUAACCAUGGAGAAAUGGGAAGGAAAGCUUGCAAUAGUCACAGGAACUUCCUCCGGCAUCGGCCGGGGAAUUGCAAUCAAAUUGGUGGAGGCUGGACUGCGUGUUGUGGGUAUCGCCAGACGCGAGGAUCGCGGUCGAGAACUUGAGCUGGCUUUGGAUGGGAAAAAAGGUAGAUUCUAUCAUCUCACCGCCGAUAUUACAAAGGAGCAAGAGGUACUCAACGCGUUUAAAUGGAUCGAAUGUAAUUUGGGAGUGGUUCACAUUUUGGUAAAUAACGCGGGUACGACGCGCGAAACUACACUUAUCGAUGGGAAGACGACGUGUUGGAAUGAUAUUCUAGACCUUAAUGUUUUGGGUUUAUCAAUGAUGACAAGGGAAGCUGUACAAUCGAUGAGAGCCAACAAUAUAGCUGGCGAAAUUAUACAUAUAGGAAGCCUGACAGGAUGCAUAUCAUCAGCCCCUGUGAAGGGAUUACGAAUGUAUUGUGCCAGCAAGCAUGCGGUACGAUCUUUGACGGAAGGGUUGCGACAAGAACUGCUCGAAGUCGGUAGCCAAAUUAAAAUAUCGUGCAUCAAUCCUGGUCUUGUCGGGAAUACCGAAAUUAUUGAGCACAAUGAAGCUGUAAAGGGGUGGUUUCCCUUGAUCGAGCAAAUAUUAAAACCUGAAGACAUCGGCGAUAUGGUUUUGUUUGUACUUUCGAGACCACCUCAUGUUCAGAUUCACGACAUUCUGGUUAGGCCAACCGGUGAAAUAGUUUAAACAAAUCAAUUACGAGUAGAAUACUCCAAUUAAUUUCUGUAAAUGAAUUAAAACACCUCAAAUUAGUUAGACC